AUGCGGCAGCUGUCGAAGACAGAGAGGCAGAGGUUCAGCGAGGAGGUGGAGAUGCUGAAGGGGCUGCAGCACCCCAACAUCGUUCGCUUCUAUGACUCCUGGAAGUCGUCCGUCAAAGGCCAGAUCUGCAUUGUGCUGGUCACGGAGCUCAUGACGUCCGGCACCCUGAAAACCUAUCUGAAGCGGUUCAAGGAGAUGAAGCUGAAGGUGCUGCAGCGCUGGAGCCGGCAGAUCCUCAAGGGGCUGCAUUUCCUACACACCCGCUCGCCCCCCAUCAUCCACCGCGAUCUCAAGUGCGACAACAUCUUCAUCACGGGCCCCACCGGCUCGGUCAAGAUCGGGGACCUGGGCCUGGCCACACUCAAGCGAGCUUCCUUCGCCAAGAGUGUCAUAGGCACCCCCGAGUUCAUGGCACCAGAGAUGUAUGAGGAGAAGUAUGACGAGGCAGUGGAUGUCUAUGCCUUUGGGAUGUGCAUGCUGGAGAUGGCCACCUCAGAAUACCCCUACUCCGAGUGCCAGAACGCUGCCCAGAUCUACCGCAAGGUCACCUCGGGCCUGAAGCCCAGCAGCUUCUACAAGGUGAAGGUCCCGGAGCUGAAGGAGAUCAUCGAGGGCUGCAUCCGCAUGGACAAGAACGAGAGGUACACCAUCCAGGACCUGCUGGAGCACUCCUUCUUCCAGGAGGACACGGGGGUGCACGUGGAACUGGCCGAGGAGGACGAUGGUGUCAAGUCUGGGCUCAAACUCUGGCUGCGCAUGGAUGACACGAAGAAGCUGCAUGGCAAGUACAAGGACAACAACGCCAUCGAGUUCCUCUUCGAGCUCUACAAGGAUGUGGCGGAGGAGGUGGCCCAGGAGAUGGUGGUCCUGGGCUUCGUCUGUGAGGCCGACUACAAGCUGGUGGCCAAGGCAGUGCGGGACCGUGUGGUAGCCAUCAAGCGCAAGCGGGAGAAGCUGAAGCGUGCCCAGGACAUGCCAUCGCCUGCGGAGCCGGAGCAGCCAACGGGGGUCCUGCGGCUGCUGGAGGAGCUCAAGUCCCCGCUGCCGCCCAGUGCCCCCACCCCAGCCACCCCUGGCUCUGGUGACUCCGUUUUCAGCAGCAGCUUCCCCCCGGAGCCUGAGGAGCCAGAGGCUGACCAGCACUUCGCCUACCGGCACACCAGCUACUCCUCGGCCACCUCUGACUGCGAGACGGAUGGCUACCUGAGCUCCUCUGGCUUCCUGGACUCCCCAGACUUGGCCCAUCUCCCCUGCCAGCCCGCCGCCUGCCCGCCCUGUGCGCUGCUUCCCUACG